CAUUCUUGUGAUUGUGACGUCGUCUUCUAUAGUUUCCUCCAUUCAACUGCAAAAUUCAUCACUGUCUUACUCUGAUUCAUACAAAAAUUUGAACAUGUCUAUUCUUAUUCGAACAAUCCAAAGAGCUCAUAGAUUAAAACACAGUUUUCCUUCACCUAGAUUAAGUAAUGUUCUGUCUCAAACAUUAGGUUUUAGUCACAGAACUUACUCUGAAAAAUCAGUGACAAAAUCACCAUUUGAUUCCAACAUUUUGCGAAUACUCCGAAACGAGAUCGAGUAUCUUGCUCCAUACGUUCAUCAGCCUGAGACCGAAUUCAAAUCGUUUAUUGUUGAAGAGAGACCCGGUGCGCAAGUGGUUACAAUGAAAGGGAAAUUUGGUGACAAUGAAGAUAUUAAAAUUGAUGCUACAAUGUUUGAUGGGUUUGCAAAUGUUCCUGCAUUUGGAGAUGAUAGUUCAGGGGUAAAUGUGCAACUUCAUCUCAGUUUGAUUGUCGAUAUAUCGAAAGGGGAAGAUGGUAAUGGAUUAGAAUUUGUCUGCUCGGCAUGGCCGGAUAGUUUGGAUGUUCACAAAGUUUUCAUAUUAAAGCGGGGGUCGACUAAGCCUUUUGAUGGACCUGAUUUCAGGAACCUGAAACCUAAGCUUCAGGAGAAGUUUCGUGAGUACUUGGACACACGAGGAGUAGAUAAUGAACUCUGUAAUUUCUUAUUCCAUUAUAUGAUGCACAAGGAUAAAAUUGAACUUCUAAGGUGGAUGAAUCGUCUCAAGUCGUUUGUGGAAAAAUAGGCUGGUAAGUUCAGCAACUAAGAAUUGAUGUAAACACCAAGUUCUGCCAUUGUAGGAGGAGUUAGUUUCUCUAGUAUAAACACAUUUAAUUUGUAGUAUUAGCAUCAAUUUAUUUAUUUGAUAGCAAUGUGCUUUAAGAGUGUUAAGCAUAAGCAUUAGGAGGAGAGGACAGUAAAUAAUGAACCCACUGUUUUCUUACAUGGUUAUAUGAUGAAUGAAUGAUAUGCAAGGACAUAAUUGAAUUGUUGAAA